UCUUUGAUUUACCUGAAUGGUUGCUGAGUUAUUUCUAUUGCAUCAAAUGACCAUUACAGGUAAAGCUGGUAGAACCUUGUCUUGGAGUGAACGACUUGAAAUUGCUAUUGGAGCUGCAGAAGGGCUAGAAUAUCUGCAUCAUAAGUGUCAUCCACCAAUAAUUCAUAGAGAUAUAAAGUCAUCUAACAUUCUCUUGGGACCAGAUCUAGAGGCAAAGAUAGCAGACUUUGGAUUAUCCAAGGCUUACAGAGGUGAUGAUGAGACUAAUGUGUCUACUAAUGUGGUCGGAACACCUGGAUAUGUUGAUCCUGAGUACCAUAACACUUUGCAGCUCACUGUCAAGAGCGAUGUAUUUAGUUUUGGGGUGCUUCUUUUUGAACUUUUAACGGGUCAAAUUCCUCUUGUACCCAGCUCAAGAAAGCCUCAUAUAAUGCAACGAGUGACUUCAACGCUUGUCAAUGAGCCUAUAGAUGCCAUUAUGGAUCCAAGAUUUGGAGGACAAUUCGAUGCCAAUUCUGCUUGGAAGGUCGAAGAGCUGGCAGAACAGUGCACUCAAGCAUCAGGAAGCAGGAGACCAACAAUGACUAAGGUUAUACUUGAGCUGAAGGAUAGCUUGGAACUCGAAUUUGGUCGCCUAAAUAGUAAGUUCAAACACAGUGAAGAUAUUAACACAAGCCAGAUCAGUUCAUUUGAAAUUGGAGACACACCAGGACAAUCUCGUCCAUUUGCAAGAUAA